GCAAUGAGUCGUAUCCCUCUCAGAAAGCACUCAGAUUCGGUUCGGUUCGGAAGCAUUUUGCGCACGCGGUCCGCGUAUUUAGUCUUAUCGAUCAUCAUCAAUUUCGGCAAAAUCUAUUGUCAAUAACCCGAACGCCGAACAUUACAUCACCGGUUGGGCAAAUACUCCUAAUACCAAAUACCGCAGGUUCGAAUCAUCGUAGAAAGUGUGCGGGGUGAUACCUUUGACGUAGCUAGUCAUCGGUUCCCGGAGUGGCGUCAAUAUCUAUAGCUGAUAAGAAAACCUGUGACAACCUUCCCAGAACCUGUGCUGUGUUUUAGGCCCCAAAAACGCGCCACUAAUAGCCAAUCAGGAGGGGAAAAAUGUGAAUGUGAUCAAUAAACCCGUGUGUGACAUAGGCGGUUGCGUUAUCUGCGAGAAGCCUUCGCGAAGUUUGUGUCAACAAGCGACCCAACCUUCUACCUGUGUACGCAACUCGAAAUACCUGGGUGGACAAAAAUUAUUAAUCUUACGCAAACAGUGAAACGCUCAAUUACACAAUCUGUUACAAUGGUUACUCAGAGAAUGACGUCACCGGGAACGGUUCUGGUGGUUGCGCUGGGGUUGCUCCUGGUUGCGGCAGCAGGGGCACUUCCUUCGGCGGUUCUUCUGGAGGGAAGUGGAGACUAUGACUACGAUUAUAGUGAAGAACCUGUCAGUUCAAGUAAUCCGCUGAUGAAAAUUACGAGUGAUGAUGAUGUGUUGGAUCCGAUAGAAGACAGUUUGUAUCCGGAAGAUGACGAUGAAUAUGGGGCAUCUUUUAAUGAAUCUUUGGCCAUGCCACCAGUGGAGAUAGUGGUUCCAGAAGUGGAAAGUGACGGCGAGGCUUCUCCUGAGGUCACGGAAGAAAGUGCCACUGUAGUGCAACCGGUUCGCUUUGGACUAAUGGAAUCGUUUGAAACGGAUGAGAAUGUAACAGAAGUUAAGCAUCCGAUAGCAAAUGGAGCACGAGGAGACCUAGCCGUCACGCCGGCACCGGAUUGCCGAGGCUUCCAGAAACUGCCGACUCAGCCACAGUUCAUCAACGGCACGUUCAACGUAAUCAGAAUGUGCUGUCCGCCGGGAGAGAGCUUCCUUUUCGGUGAUAAGAACCGACCGGUGUACUGUGCACCUUCGCCCGGGACGGCGUGGGAUUCCUUCCAGGUGCAGGCCAUCAUCGCUCAGUUCUACCUGGGAUGCAUCGAAGAUCUGGAAGACGAGUCACCUCCGUUGGGGAUGGUGUAUGGCAAUCCGUGUGCAAGCGAGGGUGGCUUGAUAAGGUUUGGAGCCGAGGCGAGCGACAGUUUGUAUGUGAUUCAGAACGGAUCGUUGCUGGUGGUUAACGAAUUGGCCGAAGACUACGACAUAUUUAAUAGUUACUGCUUGGAUGUGGACAGAGAUAAUCGAACGCUGUAUGGCUAUGUGUGUCCCUCGGAAUUCCGUAUCGGGCGGGAUAUAUUCAAAGGGCAGAUGAUGGCUUUGGCACUAUGCUUGGUGUUCGCCAUCCCGUUGUUGCUUGCGACGGCUUUCUUCUACGUGGCCAUUCCGGAGUUCAAUGACAUUCACGGCAAGGCGUUGACACUGAAUUGCAUUAACUUUGCAAUUGCGUUGCUGUUGGAGAGCAUUUUCCAACAUCAGAGCCAUGGAAACGGAUCUACUGAUGACACAAUCGUGAUGGCAAACUACGCUGAAUACUUUAUACUGGCAACAUUCUUCUGGCUGUUGGUGAACUGCAUGAAUAAUUGCAUACACGCAUGGUACUUCUUACCGAAUGGAAUUCAAGUACGAGUCAAAGGCGAGAAACGAACAUUCCUUCUGUACACCACUUUCGCUCAAUUUGUACCACUGGGUAUCAUCUUACUGCACUCACACUACGGAGAUUCCACCUCGUUGAAGCACUACUUCUUCCUGCCGAUCAUCGUGAUCAUAGUGUUGAACAUCAUAAGCUUCUUCAUUACCUUUUGGGGUUUCCAACGGGUGAGCGAUAUCCAAAUCCAGCACUUCACCCUCCGGGGUCGCCUCAGCAAUGGAGGCGAAGCGGCGAACGCCAUCCUUGCCAAGCUCCCGGACAUCCACACUGCCGAUGUCGAGAAGGUCAAGUAUAUGGCCAAGUACACCGCCAUGCUGUUUAUGGUCAUGGCCGGAGUGUGGGUCAUCACGAUUGCCACCUACUACACCACCCGCACCAUUCCGAUCCUGUACGACAUCCUGUUCGGGCUGCAGGGAAUUCUGAUUUUCAUCAUCUUCAUCUGCUUGCCGCGACCGUUCCGAACGGUGAAGGCAUGGUUCCAGAAGCGGGAACUCUGCGGGUGCGUGGAAGAUCCGGAUGCAAUCGAUUUGCGCCGAGGGCGAGGCUCCCGACACUACCGGGUUAGCGGCAGCCAUCAUCCCGCUAACGGAAAGGAAAGUGUUCCGCUGAAUAAUUCCAACGCUUCUUGAGCGGUAUGAUGAGAAGCUUUCUCCAAGAUUCGAAUUUCAGUAUUUAGGAUACAAGUUCUUUCAUAUAAGGCUUUAGAGUUAAGAAUGUGAAACGAUCAACCAUUUUCAAUAAAUACCUACUAGAAUAGAUGUACUGAUUCUUAAAAGAAGCAUAGCCGUAGGGUGCAUUCAUAAACAUUUGUGUAAACGUUCAAUUAUAAUAAAUUGUGUUCCAGACAAUGAUUAAAACAUUCCAUUAUCUAUGAGGCGACGAUUUUAAAACAGUGUUGGAUUAUUACAACACUUGAAAUCUGCAAGGAAAUAUAUAAACGGUCACCACUUCAGAACCUAACGUCUAGUAUCAUGUGUCGAAUAAAUUUAUAUCAUAUAAAUUAA